ACCGGCGGCGAGAUCAACAUCUCGGACGCGAACACCAUCAACGGACAGCCGGGGGACCUGUUCCCGUGCUCCAAGGCCGGCACCUACAAGAUACCGGUGCAGCACGGCAAGACGUACCUGCUCCGGAUCAUCAACGCGGGGCUCUCCAACGACCUCUUCUUCGGCGUCGCCGGGCACAACCUCACCGUGGUCGGCACCGACGGCCACUACACCAAGCCGUUCGCCGUCAAGCACAUCAUGAUUGCGCCGGGACAGACCAUGGACGCACUCCUCCAAGCCAACCGCGCUGACGGCGGCCGGUAUUACAUGGCCGCGAGGACGUUCGCGUCCAACCCCAACAUCGAGGUCAACAACAGCACCGCCACCGCCAUCGUGGAAUACAUGGACGACGCACCGGCGCGUGGCCGGCCGGAGUUCCCUGCCAACCUUCCGGGCGUCAACGACAUCGACUCGGCGACGGCAUACACGGCGCAGCUCCGGUCGCUGGGCAGCAAGGACCACCCGGUGAACGUGCCGAGGAAGGUCGAUGAGCGCAUGCUCGUCACCAUCGCCGUCAACGUGCUCCCCUGCGCGCCCAACGAGACGUGCGGGGGCCCCGGCGGCAACCGCUUAGCGGCGAGCCUCAACAACGUCAGCUUCGCGAGCCCGGCCGUCGACAUCCUCGGAGCCUACUACCGCUCCGUCCGUGGCGUGUUCGACACAGACUUCCCCAACAAGCCGCCCUUCUUCUUCAACUUCACGGACGUCGACAACGACCCCGUCGAGCGCUGGGCCACCAAGCGCGGCACCAAGGUGAAGGUGGUGGAGUACGGCGCCGUCGUGGAGGUGGUGUUCCAGGACACCUCCAUCCUUGGCGCCGAGAACCACCCCAUGCACCUGCACGGCUUCACGUUCUACGUGGUAGGGAGAGGGUUCGGUAAUUUUGACGAGCAGAAGGACCCGGCCACCUAUAACUUGGUCGACCCGCCGCACCAGAACACCGUCUCCGUGCCCAAAGCUGGCUGGGCCGCAAUCCGAUUCCGCGCAACAAAUCCUGGUGUGUGGUUCAUGCAUUGCCAUUUUGAUCGCCAUGUGCUGUGGGGAAUGAACACUGUCUUCAUCGUGAAGGAUGGCAAGGCUCCUGAAGCUAAAAUGUUGCCUCCGCCUCCCAACAUGCCUACCUGCUAAACAAUCCACAUGGGAAAAGGCAGACAUGUGCAGGACAAUCAGACCGGAAAAUUGUUGUUUAGUUGACUGAUUUUUAUCAUUGAUUUAUUAUAUUGUUUAUCAUUUAAGCUUAUAUAGGUUUGUGUGGAAUAAAGGGGAUAGUUGACUCCCAUGUGAUUAGCAGUCUUGAUUUUUCUUUUUAUUUGGAUGGAUGAGAAAAGUAAUUUAUUUAAAGUGUAAAUGUGUUUCUUGUACUAUUCG